AUGGUUGAAUACGAUCACGGCAAACGGCAGAUGAUAAAGGGCGGGGAUCGGUUCUCGACUUCUCUCGUCCCCGUUUUGCGAGAAUCCGUCACGAGCAUGCUCGAAUCCUUCGACGUGGAUGUCUUCCUCAUUGCUCACUUUCAAGUCUCCAAAAAUAGACGCCAAGAGAUCGAACGCGCACUUCCCACUUCCGUAUCACUUCAGGUAUGGGAGGACGCUACUCCGUUGGGAUAUCGAUCUGAACACAAACAACCAACCGUCCUCGAAAAUAUGAUGAAUGCCUUGAGUCGUCAACACCGUUUCGUUAUCAAGGAUAAUUUGUUGGCAUACGAUCUAUUUCUAAACUUUGAAGACGACAUGAUUGUUCAUGGUGCUCAUGUGCAGCAAUUUCUGAACGUCACUUAUGAGCUGGAACGUCUAUACGAACAGGCGUCGAACCACAGUCAACAUCGGCGCGCCGUAGACGAGGAAGCCGACUUCUAUGGUCCACUUACCAAACGUCGUGUAAGCAUUCUUGUACCAGGCUGGAUGCGUGUAGAAGCGGCCCUCCCGGGAUGGCAGCCGCACGAUCUGAAUAGCAAUGAUCACGUUCCGCUCAAUCCGCACUGGAACGAGAACAACCGUGCCUUGGUCAAGCUGGAUCCUACCGUCUGCUGUCAUGUACGCAACGACACGGCAGCUGCCAACACCCAUAUACCACGUUCGCCGCCGAUUACCGAUUUGUUCCUUUGGGAAACAAGCCUCGACGCACUGAGCCUAAGGCAAAUUCCUCACUCGUCUUUGGGGUGGGUUGUCUUGCAAGCUGGCAAUUAUAUGAACAAAAAGGUAGGCUCGUACUGGAGUGGCCGAGACGGCUACUUUGCCGACCAGCCACCGUCACUUACCAAAGGACGAUACGCCAACAACCAAGGGGGAUGGAUGGCAACACGUUGGCAAAUCUUCAAUUGGCACAACGAACACUGCAAGGGAGGGUUGUUGCCACCUUUUGAAUAUCCUUUUCGAAGUGAUGGAUUAGACCGCAGGACAGUAGAGUUCUGGAGCGGCGGGAUACAUCUCUUCGGGAUAGGAGGCUGCAAUUUGCAAAGGGUGAUUCCAAUGGACCCGAAUCAAUUCGGGAAACACUUACUGUAUCACUCGUCUAAUAAUAAACAGCGAUCGCCAAAUGUUCAACAUCGCUUUGCCUCUCGAUCGAUUCAACAUUUCUGGGAGCAACUUAAUACGAUUAAGCAGAAUGCGGAGGUAACAAAGCGUGUCGAGAUCAAAUACGGCAAAGGCAUUAAAUAUGGGUAG